AUGCCUUCUGACAUCUUCAACUGGCUCCCGCCUGAGAUUCAUAUCAACAUCGUGAAAAAUCUCAACAUUCAGGCAAACGAAGACUUGUUUCGGGACGUUCGAUCUUUCAUCUCGGCUUCCCCAACCGCGAGACGUUAUUUCCACGCCAACCAGUGCGCUUCUAUUGUACGGCCAUAUAUCCAAGAUAUAUACAGGAUCUUUGAAGAUGAAGCACUUGUGCCGUUGGCAGUGAUUCUCUUACAAGUUAGAAAGGUACGUGCCCAGACUCGGGGGUUGACGUCCCUUCAGAUCGAGCAACGUAUCAGACCUUACCUCGAUGCUUUCUCUCGCUUCGAAAACUCAGUGCCUGGAGAGCGCUGGAAAGAAGACCUGGGCUGCAUUGCAGCCCUAAUCAGCAUGAACCGGGAAUUUGACAUCAUCUGGCAUGAAUCACGUGUCUACAUCUGGAAAUUGCAUUAUUGGCGGACCGUGACACCGCGGCGAAACUAUGAUCUUCCAUGUUCGGAUCGGAGCACUGUCAUCAAUCACUUCCUCCGUUACGACCUUUAUUGCCAACUAGGAUGUCACCGGGAAGAUAAGCUCUUCGCGGAAAACGAACACGUCAAGGAACUCGAAUCUCAUCUCUACAAGCUCAUGCCAUCAACCGACGGUCGUCGCAUGGCACGCCUCAACAUGCUAUGUUUGAUUAAAGAUAUACUCGAUGGGAUCCUCGAGUCCGUCGACUGGCAAAUCAACUAUGUAGGGGAUAGACGACGGGAGCGCAACCAAGUGGACGACAUCAUACGCCAAGGGGGGACUCCGGAAUUCGUCAUGCAGCGACUGCGAGAAUGCCGGUUUAAAUCAAGACAAAAGUACGAUACCAAGCUGUUUCUGGACCACGUCUGUCUUCAGGGUUCUCCUCUUGUCCUCUACUUGAAACAACUUGGAAAAAUUGCACAGAAAGCAUGUAUCCUCGAUAUGUUUUUUAAAAUCACCACGGAGAAAUUGCAGUUGCAAGCGAAGGCUGGGAUGAGGAUGUCUACUCGAUCUGCUACCAAGCGAGAAAGCAUAUACAGCUCUCUCAGUUUGAGUUGA